AUGACGGUCGCGGGGUUAGACAGCUCGCGAUUACGGGUGAAGAUCACGGGGAGAUCGUUGCCGCGAUGCGCGGACGAAGAUCUCGGGUUCGGCACGGUUAUUACGGAUCAUAUGUUGAAGGUGGAGUGGUCGGUGGAGCGCGGGUGGAACGCGCCGAUGAUCAUUCCAGCGGGACCAGUGGGUUUGCACCCAUUCGCACACGUGUUUCACUACGCCGUGGAGUGCUACGAGGGCAUGAAGGCAUACGUAGACGCGAACGGAGACGUGCGUCUAUUCAGACCGCGCAUGAACAUGCAGAGAUUCCGCACGUCGGCGAAGAGACUAUCGCUUCCAGAUUUUGAUGGAGAGGAACUGCUGAAGUGCAUCGAGACCUUGGUGGACAUCGACAAGGAUUGGAUUCCUCGAAAGAGAGGGUUCUCGAUGUAUCUGCGACCGGUCAUAUUUUCCACCACCCCGUGGCUCGGCCUGACGCAGUGCGCUGAGGCGAUGAUUCUCGUCCUGUGUUGCCCGGUUGGACCUUACUUCAAAUCUGGCUUCGUGCCAAUCAAACUGUCGGUGGACGCCAAGUAUAUUCGUGCGUGGCCGGGAGGCACUGGGAACGUGAAAGCGGGUGGUAAUUACGGUCCGACAGUUAUUUCGCAGGCAAAUGCCACCGCGGCUGGCGCUUCGCAGUCGCUCUUUGUGUAUGACAAGCACGAGUAUGUCACCGAGGCGGGAACGAUGAACGUCUUCUUUCUCAUUCGCAACGAGCGAGGAGUAAAGCAGCUCAUCACGCCAUCCCUCGAGGACGGUACCAUCCUUCCCGGAGUUACACGGCAGAGCGUCAUCGAGCUGAGUCAACAGUGGGGCGAGUGUGAGACGAUCGAGAGGAUGAUUCCUUUUGGUGACAUCAAGGCGGCGUUUGAGCGCGGCGACGUCCUGGAGAUCUUUGGCACGGGCACCGCCGCCGUGAUUCAGCCCAUCAGCGGCAUCGUGUACGAGGGCGUGGAGUACAAGCCAAUCACGGAGUUUAACGAUAAAGCGCUCCAGGUUCGCUUGACUAAUUUUCUGGUCAGCGUCCAAUACGGAGACAUCGAUCAUCCGUGGUCGCACGUCGUGCCCAAGUCAACCUGGUCGAAGCGGUAG